AUGCGCAAACCGCAGAAGCUGGCGGGCGGGGAGCAGGGAGCGACGAGUCACGCGAGUCACGCUGACACCCUUGCCGCUCCUCGGGCUCGGGCAGCCGGCAGGGAGGCAGCGUGUCAGCUCGUCCCACUGUUUCCCAACGAGAGGACCCCGCGGAAGCUGACUCGGGUCCCGCGCUUCGGGGUCCUGGGACAGGGUCAGACCCAGAGUGCCAAGCGAAGGAGCCGGUCGGUCGCAGAGGUGGCACGGAUCGCCACCAAGGUCAACGAGGACUGUGAUGCGGCCACCCCGGGAAAGCGGAGACGAUGCCAACGGCUCCUUAGGGAAGCAGGUGCGCGCGCAUCCGGCCCGGACGCGCAAAGGCGGGGAAAGAGAUGUGUAGAAAAAAUAACAACUGAUAAAGAUCCCAAGGAAGAGAAAGAGGAAGAAGACAGUUCUGCCCUCCCUCAGGAAGUUUCCAUUGCUGCGACUAGACCCAGCCGUGGCUGGCGCAGCAGCAGCAGGACAUCCAUCUCUCGUGUUCGAGACACGGAGAAUACCCGCAGCUCUCGGUCCAAGACUGGUUCAUUGCAGCUCAUCUGCAAGUCAGAACCAAUUGCAGAUCAGCUCGAUUAUGAAGUUGCGGAAGAACAUCAGUCUCCCAGUGGCAUUAGUAGUGAUGAAGAAGAGGAGGAAGAAGAGAUGUUAAUCAGUGAAGAGGAAAUACCAUUCAAAGAUGACCCAAGAGAUGAGACCUACAAACCCCACUUAGAAAGGGAAACUCCAAAGCCACGGAGAAAAUUGGGGAAGGUGAAGGAAGAGAAAGAAAAGAAAGAAAUCAAAGUGGAAGUAGAAGUAGAGGUGAAAGAAGAGGAGAAUGAAAUUAGAGAAGACGAGGAACCGCCUAGAAAGAGAGGACGAAGGCGAAAAGAUGACAAAAGUCCUCGUUUACCCAAAAGGAGGAAAAAGCCUCCGAUCCAGUAUGUCCGUUGUGAGAUGGAAGGAUGUGGAACCGUUCUUGCUCACCCUCGCUAUCUGCAGCACCACAUUAAAUAUCAGCAUUUGCUGAAGAAGAAAUAUGUAUGUCCACAUCCCUCUUGCGGACGGCUCUUCCGGCUCCAGAAGCAGCUUCUACGACAUGCCAAACAUCAUACAGAUCAGAGGGAUUACAUCUGCGAGUAUUGUGCUCGGGCCUUCAAGAGUUCCCACAAUCUGGCAGUGCACCGGAUGAUUCACACUGGCGAGAAGCCGUUACAAUGUGAGAUCUGUGGAUUUACCUGUCGACAGAAGGCAUCCCUCAACUGGCACAUGAAGAAGCAUGACGCAGACUCCUUCUACCAGUUCUCUUGCAAUAUCUGUGGCAAAAAAUUUGAAAAGAAGGACAGUGUAGUGGCACACAAAGCAAAAAGCCACCCCGAGGUGCUGAUCGCAGAAGCUCUGGCUGCCAAUGCGGGCGCCCUCAUCACCAGCACAGAUAUCUUGGGCACUAACCCAGAGUCCCUGACGCAACCUGCAGACGCUCAGGGUCUUCCUCUUCUUUCCGAGCCGCUGGGAAACUCAGCCUCUGGAGAGUGCCUGCUGCUGGAGGCCGAAGGGAUGUCGAAGUCGUACUGCAGUGGGACGGAGCGGGUGAGCCUCAUGGCUGACGGGAAGAUCUUUGUGGGAGGCGGCAGCAGCGGGGGCGCUGAAGGGCUGGUCAUGAACUCGGAUAUACUCGGUGCUACCACAGAGGUUCUGAUUGAAGAUUCAGACUCUACUGGACCUUAGUGGAAAGGAAGACUUUGGGCACUGGGACAGUUUGGACUUUGUAUUUAAAAGAUAAAACGGACAAAAAAAAUUUAAAGCAUUUAAAAUCUAGUAAAAUAACUGAAGGGCCUGCUCUUUCCAUUGUGGAUCACAGCACACACACCCCAGCCCCAGAACUCCCUCUCUUUCCCCCUUACCACAUCGAUGUUGCCUUUUCCAGGAAGGUAGACAGCAGAAAGCAGCAGCAGCUCUGACAGUGAGGCUUCUCACUCAGUCCCAGCCAGCAGCACACUUCCUGCUUAUUGACAGGUCCCCCUUUCCAACUUGUAACUCUCAUAUGCUCUGGAUCGGCCUUUAACUCUUACGGUAUCUUACUGACUUCUCAUUCUUUCUCCUCUCCUGCUGCCCUAUGGUUCUGGCUUCUACCCACUGUGGCACACCUACGCUCCAAUACUAUAUAAUCCCAACUUCUGGAGGCUGGCAGCUUGACCUGGCACUUUAGGGCCCUUCACAGGGUGUGCUGUUAAACAGCACACAUCUCUCACCCCCUCUGCCGCUCCCCUCUGGGCUUUGGAAAGGAAGGUUAAUAUGGACCACCCUCCUCCUCUCCGGCCCCAGCGCCUCCGUCCCCUCCCAAACCUCCCUGUGACUCUUACGGUGCUCACUGGCUUGGAAGCAGGCUCCCCGGAGGGAUGAGGCUGCCCUCUCUUCACAGUCUCGGGCUACAACACAGGGCUCUAUCCGUACGACGGUGAGAAAAGUCCCAGGCUGAUGGCAGAAAUUUGCACUUUGAACAUGUGUGUUUUUGUGUUGUGGAACCUGAGAUUCCUUAUUUAUUAAUGGAAAGUCUGAUUUGUUGCGGGGGGUGGGGUCUUCAUUGCUAUGUGUUGUGGGGCUGGGAGAAGUGUGAUUAUUCUGACAUAGGAUCCUUUCCACAAGAGGUUCUUUGAAGGCAAGGCAUAGGGUUGAAGAAGCACAGCCAGCCUCUAAACUCAUAGCUCUCCAGUGGCCUUUACCGAAAGCUGUUCCUCAGCACUAACAAAAAUCACUGCAGUGGCCUAGUGCUCUUUUUGGAAGCCUCUUUAGGGAAGGUUGAUGGGUUCAUGGUGACUUGUGUGCUCUUUGGGAUUUUAAGAGCAUAGAGAUUGAGGAGUCUUAAGGGGAUGAGGAAAGUUGUUCAGGGUCUAAAUUACAGAUGAAAAAUUUUCUUGUGUGAAUUGUUCUUUUGUUCUCACCAUUUCCUUACAUAGAUGCCUACCUUCUGUCCCUGCGUUUUGUUUUUGUUUUCUGCUUUGCUUUAUAUGGUUCAUUGUGGCUCCCUGAUAGUGAAGAAGCAGUGUCUAGGGGUCCUGAGUCAGACGAAAGCUGCUGUUCUGUUUCCCUGCUAGUAACACCUCAGAAAGGGCUCACUAGACAAAGUAAUCUGUAUAGUAAGAGCGUGGCUUUCACUGGAAAUUAACACUUCUUCGGAAAAGGGGUUUUCCUGGAGUAUGGAAUGCUUGUAGAACUCCGCGGAAGACAAGUAGUGUUAUGUACAAAUUCUUCACUCCCAGAAGAGGAAGCACCUAUCGGCUCCUUGGAGAACUAGAAGGGCAGCACCUGUCCCGACCCCAGUACUUCGGAAGCUGGAACGGAAGCCGUAUCCUGUUCCUUGUCUGCUGUCAGAAGUGUGUGCUGGCUGUUGGGAAGAAUGAAGUUUUUCAGCAAACAAAACGGAGAACAGCUUUUUUUCACAAAAACUAAAGCUAAAAAGUUUAUCCAUUUCUUGAUUUUUUUUUUCUCAGAAGGACAGAUAAAUGUCAUCUGAAAGAGACCCCAGCAGCAGAGGAGGAAAGAGCAAGACACCUACGGGAAAUGGUCUCACGUGCACUCUGGUUUCCUUCCAGGUUGCAGAUUUGCUGUCUCUCCAGUGUAAGGGUAGAAAAGGGAGGAAGGGAUGGAGAAUAUAUUUUGCUGGCCACAGAGUUUUCAGCUGACCUUGAUACACUGAGUAGAUUUUAACUGUUUUAGAUUGUCUGGGUGGCUCUACGACAAAGUUGUUCCGUUUGUACUGUUUCACUAGCUGGCAUCUACACCCUACACUCACCUUCGCCUUUGUUACACUUAGACUUUGUCUCUUUGAAUUUCACAUCAUCAGAUAGUUUAGCCAGGUAUUUUUAAGGCAAAUGGCAUUUAAACAAAAAAACAGCAACUUUUCUUUCUGGGGUAGGGAAAUACAGUCUCCCUCCCUAUACCAUACUCUCCUCCCCACGAAAAGCAAUUUGUUAUCUCUAAUAAUUAGAACUUUCAGUCUUUUUAACCUUUUUACAGCUAGCAUUUGCUGACAAUAAAUUACUGUAAGUGUUUGCAGUAGAUUUUUUUGCAUGGACUUUGUGUUUUUCCUUUUGAGAAGUCCUGGCAUGGUCAGGAAUCAGUGUAUGUAAACUAAGCCCUUUCCUUUCUGCUCCCCACGCUGGUAUUCACUUCAUUGUCCUUCCCAGGAGCUCUUUUCAUCUUGAAAGUCUGUAUUUUCUACUCUUUGUCAACGUCCCUUCACAUUCUCCAUCGUGAAUUGGAAAUUCUAAAUUGUGAUAAUGUAGUUGAGAUGCAGCUAUUUAAUAUUUCUAGAUGUACCUGUCCCUUAAUUGUUUUUGCCCAGGGUUAUUUUGCAUAAUUAGACUCCUUAAUAUAUUUCAGAGAGUUUAGACGGACGCUGGCGGGGAGUUCUGGGAGGAAAGAAGGUAUAGAAAAGCAUCCACAUAGAGCAUAGAGCACUUGAACCUCCUUUGUACCUAUAUGGAGGAAAAACCAUAUGAAAAUACACUACCAAACUAAGUAAGGUUAUUACGGUCUCUGUUUAAAGUACCAUUUUUUUCCUCCUGUCUUUUUCCUACUUUCCAGUAUACUCAAGAAAAUUGAAAGAAAUGUAAUGGAUCAAUUUAAAAUAUUUUAUUUCCUAAAAGCCUUUUUUGCCUAUUGUAAUGUGCGAGACCCUUCUCCUUUGAGGGGAGAGAUGGGUUAUUAUCUGAAUAUAGGUUGGAAAGGUUAUGUACAAAGAAAUUAUAAUAAAAGGGAUCCUUUGCUUUUCAAA